AUGCCAGGAAUUGUAAAAAAGUUUAGUAGAGCAACAUUGUCAGGGGGGUUUUCCAUUAUUAGGCGUAGGCAGAUGGCUGGAGUUUAUCGCUCUCUCCAUCUUUCACCAAUAGUCUCUGAAAGCAAAGCUGGUGUUAAACAACAAAGCCAACAAGAAAAUUUUCUCGAAGAAUAUAGAACGAGAUCACAGUUGGAAAGAAUAAUACACCACUAUUCUUCCAAGCCGUUACCGCAAUUUUCUUUGUCCAAGCUAUAUGAGCAAUCGACUUCUUUAAACGAUGAGUAUAUACUUCAAAAUGCCAGAGACACAAUUGAGCACUUACUAGUGUUUAAUGCACGUAGAUUGCAGCAGUUUAGAACAUUGCCAUAUUUAGUAGUGUUGAAUCCAUCCAUAUCGGAAUCGUAUGAAAUGUAUUUAAACACAAUGUCGUUACUCAUCACUUCACUAUUACACCUCCCGAAGACAUUAGAAGAAAAUGUGAGGUUCAGUGAGGAUGUUCUUAAAAAGUUCAUUGAAGUUCACAUGGAUACAUUACCAGGGUUAUCUAAGGGAUUUCAAGAGGUGCUGCAUUUGAUUCAUCUUGACCAGAUAAAACAGUUCUUGGAUAAUCAUUUAGUUGAAAGAAUUAGAAUGAGACUUGUAGCCCAUCAGCAUAUCCAGUUGACGGAGACCAUAUCAAAUGGUGGUAGUGGAUACGAAGUUGGGGGUCGCUACAACGGUGUUAUCAAGCUAUUAAAUAUAUCUGAAAUAAUUCGUAACAACGCUGAGCAUGUGAAUGACUUGUUUUUGAUGAAGUAUGAUCAAUCAGUCCCGAUUAAGAUUGAUAACAACCUUUACCCCGAUAAUUUUUGGGCCAAAAAAGAUUUGGCUAAAUCAAAGAAUAAUACUAAUAGUGAUGAUAUCAUUUUUCCGUAUAUCGAGUAUCACUUAGAUUAUAUACUUACCGAACUUUUUAAGAACUCGUUCCGUGCUCAUAUUGAAAACCAGGUAUCUGAUCCAGUUCAGAUCACUAUAUCAGUAUCUCAGCAUUCUUCUGAAUCCUCCGACCCUCCUUCUUACCUUGAAAUUAGAAUUAGAGAUAAGGGUAAGGGAAUACCUAAGCAUAUCAUAGGAAAUAUGUUUGACUACUCUUUCACCACCUACGAUUCUGGAGAGGGUGACAGUUACAAGACCUUGAAUGUGCCUCCAGGAUUAGGUGGAAACACUGUCGCCGGUAUGGGUUAUGGAUUACCGCUCCUGAAAAAUUACAUUCAAGUCUUUAAUGACACACAGGGCGAAACUGGCACCAAGGGACUGCUUACCAUUCAGUCAUAUUUGGGCUGGGGAACUGAUGUGUACUUGAAAGCUGUAGGCUCUUAG